AUGGGACCAACAGAAAAUCAAUCAUUUGAGAUUGAAUUUCCAAAUUCUUCAAACACCGCUGCUGCUAACAGUAUCUCCACUGCCAUAAAUAAUAAUACCACCACUGCUGCCACCAUUACCUUUACUCCUGCUAAUAAUAAUAUUAAUAAUAUUAAUAAUAAUAAUAAUAAUAAUAAUAACAAUAAAUUUAAUUCCAAUUUUGAUAUCGAAUCAAAUAAAGAAAAUAGUAUAAACCAGUCAAAUAUUAAUAGUAAUGUUAAUAGUUUUCCAUUAAAAAUUCAAACCAAAACCUUAAAUAGUACCACUACAAGUAGUAAUAAUAAUAAUAAUAAUAUUUUUUCAAUUGGCUUUAGGCCACUAUCACCACGUGGUGUUUCCCCAAGAUUUCACUCAAACUCAAGUAGUUCAUGUAGUAGUGAAAUUUCAACUCCAAGUUCCUCAACUUUUUUAGAGGAUCCAAAUUUAAUAGCGUCAAAUACUAUUUCCUCUAAUAAUAGUAUAAAUAAUAAUAAUAAUAAUAAUAAUAAUAAUAAUAAUAAUAAUAAUAAUAAUAAUAACGAUAAUAGCAAUAAUAAUAUUAAUACCAAUAAUAUUAAUAAUAAUAAUAAUAAUACCAAUAAUGGUGAAAAUCCACAAAAAAAACAGAGAAAUUCUCAAAUUUUAUCAAAAAACUUUUAUAGUCUCUCUUUACAUGCCGAUUCACCAAAACACUCAAGAUCAACCACUGAUUUAUCAACAUUUUUGGGUAUGAGCGAUCCAGAUGUUAUGACUUAUAGAUCUAAAACUUUUUGUAUUUCAGAUUUUCAUCAAUUUGAUAUUGAUACCACCACCAAUGAUAAUAAAAAUAAAAAUAAUAAUACUAAGUCAACUGAUGAAUCUUCAACUUUUGAUGGUAAAAGUUCAAAUAGUGUUGAAAAUAACAAUAUGACUAUUAUUAAUAAUAAUAAUAAUAAUAAUAAUAAUAAUAAUAAUAAUAAUAAUAAUAAUAAUAAUAAUAAUAAUUUAAAUCAAGAUAGACCAACAAUUCCAACAGUUGCUCAUUCAUUAUCUUCAAAUUCAAUUCCACAUAAAUUUAAUAGUUCAAAUUCAUUACCACCACAAAUGUUAUCUUCUUCAGCUCCAUCAUUAUUUUCUCUAUUAGAAAAUAGUAAUAAUAAUAAUAAUAAUAAUAAUAAUAAUAAUAAUAAUAAUAAUAAUAAUAAUAAUAAUAAUAAUAAUAAUGAUAAUAGUAACAUUUCAAUUAAUGAUGAAUCAAUUGUAUUGAUUAGUACACCAGUUAAAGAAUAUAGUUAUAAUAGAUCAUUAUGUUUAUCAGAUGAGGAAGGAGGUGAGGAUGAUGAGGAUGAUACACCACCAACACCAAUUCAAUUGGUUAGACCAACACCAACACCAAUUAAUCCAUCAUUAUCACUAUCAUUAUCAUCAUCAUUGAAUGCAACAAACUCUACAACCUACCUACAUUUGGGUAGAUCUGCCACUGUACUUUUAAAUCCACCUUUACUCGUAAGUUCAAUGAGACAACAUCACAACUCACCAUCAUCAUCACCAUCUCAAUCAAUUCCAAUAGUUCAAACUCGUGAACGUUCUCAAUCUUCUUUAUCUUUUCUUUCACCUUAUCAACAACAAUAUUACCCAUCAAGUCCUGAAUUAUCACCAAUGGUACCAACUCCACUUGUAAAUAGAAUUUUUAAUAAUAUAAAUAAUAAUAAUAAUAAUAAUAAUAAUAAUAAUAAUAAUAAUAAUAAUAAUAAUAAUAAUAAUAAUAAUAAUAAUAAUAAUAAUAAUAAUAAUGGAACCAAUAGUAAUAAUUUAAAUAAUCAAUCAACCAGUGAAGAUAGAGAUGAUUCACCAAAUACUAGUUUAGAUCAAAUUUCAGGAUCACCAUAUAAAACUCCAAGUAAAUUAUCAUUUCACUCACCAAACUCAUCAGCUAUUUUUAAUAGUAUCAGUAAUAGUCAACAAACCGGUAAACGUUCUAGAACUUGUUUGGAUUUCACAAAAUUUUCUUCACAUUUGCUUGAUGAAGAUAGUUCUUGUUUUUCUACUCAAACCAAUAAUAAUAAUACUAGUUCAACCGGUUUAAUUUCACCUUCAUCCUCUCCAAAACAACAAAAUGUUUUAAUUGAAAAUACUACCAACACCACUUCUAACUCAUCAUCAUCAUCAUCAUCAACCACCACCACCACAACCACCAUUUCUGUAACAAAUACUUUGGCUGCUAUUCAACAAAAUUUGAAUAGUAAUGCAAAUUUAAAUAAUAAUAAUAAUAAUAAUAAUAAUAAUAAUAAUAAUAUCUCUUCAUAUUUUUCACGUUCAAACUCUAUUAGUUCACAACGUCCACCACGUCCUCUAUCAAUGUCAUCAUCUUUUAUUUCAAGACAAUCACCUGAUAUUCAUAUUUCUUCAAAUUCAUUACCAAAACCAGUUGAUACUUCAAAUACUAACAAUAAUAAUGAAAAUGAAAAUGAUACUAACAAAUUAGAUAAAAUUAAUAAUGUAAAUAGUAAUAUUGCUAAAAUUAUUGAACAACAACAACAACGUAAUAUUAGCAAUAGUAAUAAUAAUAAUAAUUUAACACAAGAUCAAGAUCAACAGGAUGAUCAAUUUAAAGCAAAAUUAUUAAAACAAUUAUCAGGUCGUCAAGGUUAUAAUGGAGUUUCAUCAGAAUCAGUUUAUGAACUUUUAAAGAAUCCAACUCUUAUUAAUGCUAUUAUUACCGUUGUUGAUUGUAGAUAUAAAUAUGAAUAUGAUGGUGGACAUAUUAAAAAUGCAAUUAAUAUUCCACCAACUGGUUCAAGACAAAUGGUAUUGGAUAGAUUCUUUAAGUUUCCAACACCAAAAAAUCAACAACAUGUCAUCAUUUUCCAUUGUGAAUUCUCUUCAAAGAGAGCUCCAGAUUGUUAUUCUCUAUUUAGAGAGUUGGAUCGUGAACAUAAUGAGUAUCCAAAUAUUCACUAUCCUGAGAUUUAUCUAUUAAAUGGAGGUUAUAAGAAAUUCUUUGAAAGUUUCCAAGGUGAUAUGUGUGAAGGUAAUUACAUCAGAAUGGAUGAUAAAUUAUACCAAGCAAACUUGAAAGAAGAAGAAGAAAAAAAGAAAAAAGAAAAAAUUACAAUUAGAAAUAUUAAAGCUUUUAAGAAUAGAUCUCAUUCUUUUCAUGUUUAA